CGCGGGCUGAAGGCCUUGGCGACCUUCAGCCUCCUCAUCCUUCAAAAUGUGUAGCCCUAUUCCAGUUCUCGUCUUCCCUUCUCUUCUCUCCCUUUUCAGACAUCUACUUUAGUCUGCUCGAGUUGGGACUGGUCCCAUCUCUUCGUCGAGCUUUUCAUUCAAAGCACCCUUUGGCCAGCGUAGCAGCUUCUGCCUCACCGUUGACAGAUCCAAGCCCUUCGUCGCUAAGCCUGUCAUCACCUCAACUUUCGAUAAUGGAACGGGUGCCCCGCCGUGGCUGUGGGUGUUGCGAGCACUGCCAAUGCCUUGGCUUCUGCGUUUCGCGCUCCAACCUACCACCGCUCGAUACGAGUCCCAAUGCUCUGCAGCUGCAGUUGACGUUGCAGCAGACCAACAGUUCCAAUACGUCGCCCCGUCGUGGACCUGGAGAGGAUCUGCUCGAAAAGCUCCAGCGAGGUGUCCAUCCGCACGACCUCAUUGGAAAGUCCAACACGGCGGCCGCCGCAGGUGGGCAGCAACAGCAGCAACAACAAGUGCAACAGCAACAGCAGCAGCAGCAGCAACCCACGCCUUUCGGUUCACUUACCGUAACUUCACGCCACGAUGAGGACGGCCGCGUGAGCAAAGAGAUCCCCGCUCGUCCAAAGGGCAUCGCGGCUUGGGAGGAAGAGACUCGGUCGCACAGCCGCCAGCAGUACCGACGCCACGAGAGGAGACCCAGCGAGACGGGUCCCACGAUGGAGGCACCUUUCAGCGCCUCGUCUCCCACGGUCGAUGACCGCACGCUCCUGGCGCCCCGUCGCAGUGGAGGUGGGACGCGCAGCAGGCAGGCCUCUGACGACAAUUUGCACCUCGUCGUUGGAGAAGCGCUCAGCAGGGGACGCUCGAUCAAGGAACAAGUGAGCCGACGCGUCGACCGCAAGCUGGAAGAAGGCAUGCAGAUUGGCGGCUACACUUUGAGUAGGACGAAAUCGGCCACGGCUGAGGACCAGAUCGGUUUAAGCGCGCCCGUUCCACGAGCAAGGAGCGCAAGCCGUCAGCGUCAGCGCCAAGGAAGCACUACGGAGCGUGAGGACGCCCAGAAGCAGGCUGAGGUCAUCGAAGAGAUGAGGCGCCGACAAGAGAGACAAGAGAAGAUGGCCAGCCGUAGGAUCACUCGGGACGACCUGUUGCAGGCUCUCCGAAAGACGGCUGCCGAGCGCGAACGUGAAGAAGAGAGGGAGAGGCAGAAGGAAAUGGAAGAAGAAGUUCGCCGUCUGCAUGAUCGCAGGAUGGUUGCCGCGGCCGAGCAGCACCAGCAACUCCAACACCAACAAAGGCAGCAACUGGAAAAGGAGCAGCACCGCCGGCUCUAUCUUCAGCAACAGCAGCCAAUAGGCAAUUCGACUUUGUUUGUUUCGCAUCUCAAGGAGACGAACUCUUGCACGAUUCUCUUUGCAAGAAGCGAGGGUGAAAUGGGCACCGUGGCAUAUCGCCUCGUUGGAGCGGCGCAGUACGGAGACAACAAGGGCGAAGACUGGGUGCUGAAUAGCCUCGAACGCGGCACAAAAGUCAAGGGAAAGCUCUACUUAGGUCUUGGCAGGAACGGGCCCGUGUUGUAUGAGCUUGAACCGCGACGGAAGAGCGGCGUUGAUGGCUGGCUCAUCAAGGGCGCAAAGGGAUACGAGGACAAGUUUGCCACCAGGACGCAUUACGGGGAUCACGAUGACUACAAGAAUCUCUACUUUCGCUCACCGCAAGGCAAAGCAUACAAGUGGUUCACCGAUGUUCAGGCACAGAACAAGGUAAUGCGCGUCUUUGGUCGAAGCUCCGACGAACACGGGACCCUCUUCGCGCAAGCUACCUUCAACGUAUCUUCAACUGCCGCCUCGCACCACAAAAAGAGACAUCAUCACAAUCACUCCCAGCAUCAGCUGCAUGCUAAUGGCGGCCAGGGUGGAGGAGAGUCAGCCAUCUUGACGUGCCUGCUUCCUACGUCUCCUUCUUUGGCAAACGGCGGGACUCUCGCAGGCAAGAGUACGAGCCUUGACGAAGCCCUCGUGUGUGCAACGUGGUGGUGCGCCCGUCAGACGUGGGACGAGAGCCGCGUCGUCGAGGCACACAAAGAGGUCCGUCUGAUUGAGGAAAUCGAAAAAGCCUUUGAGGUCGAUCUUCUCGGCGCUGCUUGA